AUGCUUACCGAAACUGCACGGGAUAUGUAUCUCAAGGCCACGGCGAAUAGAGCCCGGACAAUUAAAAGAGAGAUUGAUCGCAUCAUCAAUCUUGCAUCUCUUGAAGAGUUUGCCACUAUUGCCGCUCAGGUACCGAUACCCGAUGAUCCCGAUUGGGAUCUUUUUGAACCCCCCCAGGAAAGCUCCGAUAUUGGGCUGUCGACAUGGAGCGACUCCGAAGAUGUGACCACCAACCUGAACGCCACUGGAUCAAGAGUUGUAAAUCCGUUUUCUACGAGCAACGGCAUACUCGACGAAAAGAACCUGCAAGACUCGCGAUCGGACAACAGCAGUCUCGCGAGGCUUGUUGACGCGUUCAGAAUCCGCGUGAAACGCGGCAGCAAUGACAGCACAGCCAGGAAAGCUGGUGACAUACAGAUAACUGCCAGAGAUGCCAUAAAUAAUAAGAAACAGUCGAUAAACGGCCUAAUUCAAGCUAUAAAUCCAUCUGAAAGCCUGACGGAGAUGGUCAUGCAGACUAUUUCCCUCACACCUCGAUCACACGAUCGUUCGGUUUAUCGGCGAAAGCCACAUCUCAUAGUAGAGAAUGUCAACAAGUUUUCCUCCAAUAUCCCGCCCAAAGAUCAAACCCACAAAAUCGUCGUCUACGAUCAGUUUUCAGCCAAACACCCUUCAGACUUACUCAAGACCAACCUCAAGGAAUAUUUUAUUCAGCUGAGUAACGAAGCCGUUCGCGUGCAGUCCUUGUCCAGGUUCCUGAAGUCCCAGGAGAGCGCUUCUAUGCAGACCAGAAGAGGACGCCGUCAAAGGAUUCAGAAUAAUAUCGCUCAUCCCUUGAGACAGAGUGACACAAUGGAGGAGUACAAAGCAAAGCAAGAGGCAAUAUUGGAUAAGACAAGUUAUAUGAGAAUGGUCAGGUGGUAA